GAGGCUAAUCUGAUACUUGGCCAGAAAGAUGUCUGACUCUGAAACCAUUGAAAUAGCUGCUCUGGGCCGACCUUUCCAGUUGGGAAUGCUGUACGACUGCCGGAGAGAUGCCCUAAUUCCAGGAAUCACACUGUGGGAUUCAGAGAUGCUGGAGAGGAAUAUCAAAAUGCAAUCCCAGCACAACAGCGACUUCAAAAUUAUUGCAUCGGAUUCCUGUGAAGACAAAUUAAAUUCACUAAAGGUUGCUGCAUCUCUUGAGGCUAGCUUUCUCAGUGGGUUAGUGCAGGUGAAAGGGUCAGCAGCGUUUUUAAGUGAUAAGAAGAAGUCGAUGCAGCAGUCUCGAGUCACCCUGCAGUACAAGACUACCACAAAGUUUGUGCAGCUCACCAUGGAGCAUCUUGGGGCAGGAAACCUCAAGCACUGUAAUGUGUUUGAGGAGGGCUCUGCCACACAUGUUGUCACUGCUUUACUGUACGGUGCGCAGGCAUUUUUCGUUUUUGACCAAGAGGUUUCUUCCAAUGAGAGCCAUCAAGAAAUUCACGGAAACUUACAAGCAACGAUUAAAAAAAUCCCUUCAAUAUCAAUCGAAGGUGAGGCAUCCCUGGAUCUGACUGAGACUGAUAAUCAGCGCACAAGCAAGUUCACAUGUACCUUCCACGGUGAUUUCGCUCUAGAAAACAAUCCAGCCUCCUACCAAGAUGCCAUUAAGGUGUACACACAACUCCCGAAGCUUUUGGGAGAAAAUGGAGAACACGCGGUGCCCAUGACUGUAUGGCUCUACCCACUGAAGAAACUGGACUCGGCAGCUGCCCAGCUGGUCAGAGAGAUAAGUGUCAGUCUGGUGCGACGUGCUCAGCGCAUCUUGGAAAACCUGGAUGAAGCUGGUAUGCAGUGUGAGGACUUAAGGAAGGCUGACCUGGCCAUUCAGUUUCCAGAAAUGAGGGCAAAGCUGAGGAAAUUCAAAGGCUUGUGUUCAGAGUACAAACUGGUGUUCCAAAAACAGCUCAGCAAGCUUCUCCCAGCUAUAAGGGGUGGUGGUAAAGAGGAACAGGAGCUUGUGACACUGCUGAGCAGAAAAGAAAGGUCCCCAUUCCAGAGUACCCUGAUAUCUGCUUACCUAAAUGACCGAGAACGAGAGACGAACGUCAUCAGAUCCUACUUAGAGAUCAUGAGUGAAGUUCCAGUGCUGUCAUCCAGCAAAGAUUUGGACAAAGUAGUGUUAAAGCCAACCAAUGAGUAUGUAGUGGCUUUUGCGUUCACGUCUCUAAAAGAAGAAGAGUCCUACCUUUUGGACUUGGAGAACUAUCUAACAAAUGAAUCAAGAAACAGUGAGGCCGAACAGUUUCCUUAUAAGCCCAGCUCUCCCAAAAAGUCAGAGCAAUGGUUUUGUUCCAAGGAUGUGACUGCACUUACACGACAGAUGAUACAAAGAUUUUUGGACUUCAAAAUGGCCAACUGUGGAAGAGAAAAUGUUGAUUUCUGCAUUGUAUCUGUCCCAGACAGUCACAUUACAGCCUCGUCAAUUCAUGUUUAUGAGAGGGGAACCUGCCUGAGCUCAGAGUUUGAGCUCCCAUCUAAGCCUGCUGUACCUACAGUCUUGAAUGCUGAACAUGACUGUAUCCACUUGCAAAUCAGUCCCCCUCAUCAUGGCGUCAACAAUGUGGAGUCUUAUUGUGUCUUAUAUCAGUCAGCACAAAGCUCAGAGUGGGCUGAAAUGACCACGGAGGGGAAGACUGCCCGAAUCACUGUUAAGCAGUUGGAGCCCAAUAGAGAAUAUCGUUUCAAAUGCAAGGCUGUGUGUCGACCAGGGAUGAGUCUUAGUAGCUCUCCAACCGAAUUCUACAAAACUCGCCCCUGUGCUCCUCCUGGGCAACCCAGACCAAAAUGUGAGGAGAGUGAUAAAAUUACAAUCACAUGGGACAGUCCUACCUCUGUAGGAGAGGCUGUUCAUGUCACUGAAUAUGUGGUGGAAUUCCAAGAGCAACCUGAAAUAGAGCAGGGAGGUGAAGUGCUGAAAUCCAUUAGAACCACUAGCAGAGAAUGCACUCUCCAGGGGCUGAAGGAAGACACUGCUUAUAAGAUCAGAAUUUUGGCCAGCUGUGCCCAUGCAGGAAUGAGCCUUCCCAGUCCCGAGUCUUUGCUUAGAACUACUAAACUGUCUGAAAAAUCAGUGAAGAAAAUAUCGACCAAGGCCAGGAGUGAGCUAUUUUUGGAGCAGUCCCAUUGCCUAAUCAAGGGCAAUCCCUCCGUUUAUGUGCUGAAUCUGGAGAAGAAAUUUGGAGAGAACGUGAAUUUCAAUCAGUACGUCUUUGGAAAAAAAGUGGAAGAAGGGAAAAACAAAGUGAUUCUAAUGUUAGGGUCUACGGGUGCUGGCAAAACAACCCUGGUCAAUGCCAUGGCCAAUUACAUACUUGGUGUGAAGUAUGAGGAACAUCAUCGCUUCAAAUUGAUUCAUGAAGUAACCAAUCGAUCACAGGCAGAAAGUCAAACAUCUGAGGUCACAUCAUAUGAGAUGUACAACCAGCCAGGAUUCCAAGUCCCAUACUCUGUGACCAUUGUGGACACUCCCGGGUUUGGAGAUACACGUGGAAUGGCUCAUGAUAAACUGAUCACAGAGCAAGUGAAGAGCUUUCUUUGCAGUCCUUUGGGGAUAGACCACAUUGAUGCUGUCUGCUUUGUUGUUCAAGCAUCUCUUGCCCGUCUCAGUGCCAACCAGAAAUACAUCUUUGACUCAAUCCUGUCCAUCUUCGGCAAAGACAUUGAAGAGAACAUAGUGAUACUUGUGACAUUUGCUGAUGGCAAGGACAUCCCAGUCUUAGGAGCCAUACAAGCUGCAGACUUGCCCUGCCAAAAAAAUAAGAAAGGCUUACCCACUCAUUUCAAAUUCAACAACUCAGCAGUGUAUGCACAGAAAAAGGAGAAAAAUAACUCAGGAAGUGAUUCAGGUGAUGAUGAAGAGGAAGAAGAGGCUGAUGAUGGGAAGCUUAAGGAGAUUGUUUGGAACUCCUCCUUCAAACAUAUGAAGAAAUUUUUUGAUGUUGUUGAUGAGGUUCUUAAGAGUAAGGAUUUGACUUUGACAAAAGAGGUAUUGGAGGAGCGAGAACGCCUGGAGAAAGCCAUGGCCGGACUGACCCCACAAAUUACUGCUGGACUUUCCAAGCUGAAUGAGAUCCAAAACUUUAAGAAGUGCUUGGAAGCUGAGAGCAGUAACAUGAAGGAAAAUGAAAAUUUUGAGCAGGACGUGGAAGUUGUUAAGGCAAACAGAACUCCUGUUAAUUGCACUGCCCUUAAUUGCAACUUCUGUCUGUUUACCUGUCACUCAAACUGCUUCCUCCCUGAAGGUGAUUCUAUAAGCACUUGUGCUGCAAUGGAUGAUAAUGGAUACUGCGUUGUCUGUCCUAACUUCUGCCAUCAUUCUUCUCAUGCAAGGGAGAGAGCCUUGUGGACGUAUGAAACAAAAAUUGAGAAGAAAACUGUCAAGGAGCUGAAGGAGAACUUCAUGAAAGCAAAAGGACAGUUUAUGAACAACAAGCAAAUCCUGGGAGAACUGGAGUCUGCGUUUCAUGUCAUUGAGUCCAAGCUGAGGAAACUGAUCACACUGUCUUCCCAAUGCCUUCAGAGGCUGAAUGAGAUCGCUCUAAAGGCAACCUCCCUGUCCACAAUAGAGUAUCUUGAAUUAUUAAUUAAGACAGAAAAAGAGGAGAAAAAGCCUGGCUUUGAAGAACGCAUUGCUGGAUUGGAAAAAAUGAAGCGUGAAUCUUUGAUCUUGGAGAAGAUUGCAAGAGGAGAGGAUCUGCUUGAAGAAGAGCGUGGCGUCAUAAAGGAAACAGAGAAAAGACUACAGGCAGUCACAUUGAAGGCUAAGACCGUGAAGGCUGUUGUACAACAGUGGAAAAAGGAAACUAAAUCUAAGUAAAAUGUGGACGGAUCUGUAGGGAAACAGAAGAGAAGAAUUGAGAAAAUUGAUAAUGUGCUUUUUUAUUUUUAUUUUUUUGCAUUUUGCAACUGAGUGAUUUCAAUAUUUUUUAAUAUUCUGAUUUUUUUUGUUUUUUUUUUAUUAUAAACUACUUACAUUAUUAUCAUUUACUUAAAGCUCUUAGUCAAAUUGGCUUACAUUUGAUUCAAUAUACUGGUAGAAGAAUGUAGUUUGGGUCUGCUAUAGUGUGGUGUGCUUAUUUAACUAGGGAAUCAAACAUCAGUCUACGGCAAUGUUGUUAUCCACUAUGCUACUUCUGCCAUUACUUUACUGUUUACUUUACUAAUUAAUAAAG